AUGGAAGAAUCCCAGGAUACCUCCAUCGAGCUGGCUCUGCAGCUACAGCUUUGGGAGAUCAAAUCAUUCCAGGCUAGCUCGGCCGCAACUGCUAACCACACCCACGGUGGUGCAGACAACCAAGAGGCGGCAGAUCUCUUCCGAGCCGAGAUCGAGGAGCAGCUUCUCGGAUGGGGAUUCGCUGGGACUGAGGGGGACACACCUCCUCGAACUCCAUCCCUGCCCCCCACGCCUCAUGGCUGUAUCGGUUGCUUCACCGCCCUUGCUGUUGAGGAUGCGUUCGAACUGCCUUGCGACCAUCACUACUGUCGUACGUGCCUCCGCAUUGCCGUCUGUCUAUCUUUCGAAGAAGGCAUUAUCUUCCCACCGCGAUGCUGCAACCAGCCUAUUCCCAUUGACGAUGCCGAAGACCGAGCUUGUGUCGAAGAGUUUCUCAGGCUCGACAGAAUCGAAACUGACAUACUGGGGGAUUUCGCCGAGCUCGACGGGCCGGAGCUCCUCGCCAAGUCUGACGAGGUUAGGGUCGAACGCGAGACCUUGGACAAGACCUACUGCAGCAACCCGACCUGUAGCGCUUUCAUCCCGCCGGGAGACAUUUUCAGGGAUACUGCCGCCUGUCGCAAGUGUGGGGACCUGACGUGCAGUCUCUGCAAGCAGGCAAGCCAUGGUGGCGUUUGUCCCCGAGAUGAGGCAUCGCAGCAGGUCUUGGGGAUGGCCUUGACUGAAGGCUGGCAGCGGUGCCCAACAUGUCAGACUCUCGUCGAACUCAACACGGGUUGUAAUCACAUGACUUGUCGAUGUGGCCAAGAAUUCUGCUACGUGUGCGGUGGGGCGUGGAGAGGUGCGGAUGGCCAAAGAAUCUGCCAGUGUCCUCAUUGGGAAGAGCGCAACAUCGUCGCCGCCCAGGCCGAAGACAUCCUUGAUCGCGAAGGUGGCGACCAGCUCAUCCUGGACGCGUGGGGACAGCUGGGGCUCGACCCGGAGGUGGAAGACCAGCAGGUAAACCACCGUUGCGAGGUGCGCAGGCAUCAGUGGCAGUUCCGCCGCCGUUCAGACGAGUGCGAGAACUGUCACCACGACAUGUCCGAUUUCAUUUUUGAGUGCAAUACCUGCGGCAUGAUCGUUUGCAAGCGAUGUCGCCGCUACCAACUUUGAUAUCAAAAGUAGGAUACGCACUGCCG